AUGUCAUGUCUAGAAAAAUUAACUUUAUAUUUGCGUAUAGAUGAUCGUAAUAGAUUUAUUGAUGAUACUCAUCUUGAAAAUGAAAUUCUUGUUUAUAUGCCAUGGCUUCACUCAUUUACUUUUUAUAUUUGUACAUAUAUGAAUGUUGUUGAUUUACAACAUAAUAUAUCUAAUAAAGAUAUUCAACAAACAUUUACAAAUAUCAAACAACAACCGGUUGCUAAUACUCUUCAUUCUAUACAUGGGAAUAAAAUUGUCUAUUCUAUUUUAUCAAUUUCCUUUGAAUUCGAUCAUCUCGAAGAUAUUGGUAAUACAUUUCCAAAUAUUAAAUGUAGUUAUGUUACAUAUUUGUUGAUACAAGAUGUCGUUCCAUUCGACCAUCAAUUUUUCAUUCGAAUUUCUCAAAAUUUUCCAUUAAUAAUGAAUUUGCGUAUUAUGAAUAUUUAUUCACAAUCAUCAUUAAAUCUUAAUAUGUUUGCAACUGAGAAUAAUCAAUUAUAUGCAACCGCUGUAUAUCCUCGUCUUAUCUCACUUGAUAUAUUUUGUGCACAUCAUGAUUAUGUUGAAGAAUUUCUAAAUGAAAAAAAGACAUAUGUACCAUGUCUGACCCAAUUAAGAGUUGUUUAUAAUGAUUUAAGAAUUGUAACAAAAAACUUUACAAGAGAAGAAACGCGACGCAAUUGCGCUAAUAUAAAACGAUUAAUUCUGAUCACACAAUUAGCACAUACAAAAGAUUUCUAUCUUUACUUUCCUUUGUUAUGA